ACAUUUUAUCGUCCUGCAAUUUAACAUUAUGGGGGGAGAAACAAAGUUCCAUCCAUACACGGCAAAAUCAAAGCGAAAGCAAGCAGCAGGGGAUGCCGCACCUGCUGCUCCGGUCGGGGCCACGGUUGUUGCGCAAUUCAAAAGUCCUGAAGGGGAAGUGUGUGGGCCUCCUUUGAACCUUCCCGCCGACGUCAACCCAGAGCAGCUAGCGCUCUUGUUGAACAACCUCUUGCAGAAUGAAGACCCACUUCCGUAUUCCUUCCUCGUCGACGAUACAGAAAUCACGCAGAACCUCCAUGUUGAUAUCAUCCAAGGCCUCCAGCGAUCUACAGAAGACUUGGUUACUAUAUUAUACCGUCCACAAGCGGUUUUUCGUGUUCGCUCUGUUACUCGGUGCAGUUCUUCGCUAACUGGACAUACGGAGGCUAUACUCUCGGUAUGCUUUAGUCCGGAUGGAACACAGCUGGCAACGGGAUCUGGGGACACAACAGUGAGAAUAUGGGAUCUAGCGACCGAGACCCCACAAUUUACGCUGGAAGGGCACAAGAACUGGGUCCAGAUUGUGGCCUGGUCCCCAGACUGUCAGAUCUUGGCGUCUGGAAGCAUGGAUAGUACGAUAAGAUUGUGGAAUCCCAAAACAGGUAAACCUAUAGGCGAUGCCCUCCGCGCUCAUUCGCAAGUCAUUACAAGCAUAUCCUGGGAGCCAAUGCACCUCAAUGAAAACUGCAAUCGCUUUGCAUCAGCGUCGCGUGACGGCACUGUCCGCAUAUGGGAUGCGACCUUACGAAAGGUCCUUAUGACACUUUCCGGACAUACGGGUCCUGUAAUGUGCGUCAAGUGGGGCGGCGACGGGUUGAUUUACUCUGCAUCUAGAGACAAGACGAUCAAAGUGUGGGAGUCGACGCAGGGCAAGCUGGUCCGCUCACUGGAAGGCCAUGCCCACUGGGUCAACCACCUCGCCCUCUCUACCGAUUUUAUCCUCCGCACCGGCCCCUACGAUCACACAGGUUCUACCUUCCCCGACAGAUCCACAGCCCAUGCUGCAGCGACGAAACGCUACAAUGCUGCAACAGCCAAUGGAACUCGGAAAGAACGCCUCGCAUCCUGCAGCGACGAUUUCACAAUAUUCUUAUGGGAACCUAGUACUGGCAAGAAGCCUAUUACGCGGAUGACAGGACAUCAACAGCCUGUGACCCACUUGAGCUUCUCCCCUGACGGGAGGACAAUAGCCAGUGCGAGCUUUGACAAGAGCAUCAAGUUAUGGGAUGCUGAAAAGGGAGUUUUCAUCUCAACCCUCCGCGGACACGUCGGUGCUGUCUUCCAAGUCUGCUGGUCUUCUGACUCACGACAAGUUCUCUCUGGCUCGCGCGACUCGACACUCAAAACCUGGGACCUGAAGACCAAGAAGCUAAAAAUCGAGUUACCAGGACACGCGGAUGAAGUAUACUCGGUAGAUUGGAGCCCAGCAGGAGAUAAGGUUGCCAGUGGCGGCAAGGACAAAGUCUUGAAAAUAUGGAAGCACUAAGCGGGAAACAUUGAGCAUUGAGCAACUCCUUAAUUUAUGUAUUUUAGAACUAAAGGGGUGCAAUUGUACCAUAAGCAAAACGUUGUUUAAAUUCAUAAUAUUCGAUAAUGGCUGCUGUGUAUUUGAGAACCA